ACGACCGAAAUGAGAUGGAGUAAGAUUUACUUUCACCUUAUGCAGAGACUGCAUUCCGAUUUCAGGUUCAGCUCGCCGCGAUCCUGAUGCCCUGAACCCUGCGUUGCAUUGCUUUGCUUUGUUGGUUUGAUGGCAUGCACAUUUUUACACUUCACAUUCUGCGUCACCUUGAUCCGCUUCAUUCUGACGAUUUAGAAGAUACCCAUUUAUUGUUUGCCAGGUACAGCAUUUGUGCAUUUUCAACUGGAGUUUCGAUUCGCCUUCUGACACGACGACCGACCGGAAAUUGUACGCUUAUUGUACAUUAUACUCAACUUUUUACUUCGAUUCUGAUUUGUGUCUUUUUAUUCGAGGACAGGGCAUUGGGCAAGGACCCGUUGUAUCAUAUGAUUAUUUGGCAUGGGAGGGUGCGCUAGACGCUUGGAUUGUCUACUCUUCGUUUUGUUCUCUUCCCGCUCCCGCGCUG